AUGGCCGAAGAAUCAGUGACAAAAGCCCCUACGGGCAAGAAGGCCGUCGACCAGGUCGAAUACCCUUCGCAGACCCUUCCGGGUAUGAAUGAGAAAGAUGCCAUGGCCGUCCACCAAGCCAACAGCCGAGUCGUCGAGUCGGUCAUCUUUGAGAUGGAGCAAGAACUUGCCGCCGCUGGUGGUUUGGACAAGGGCUUCUUCGACCUCCAGUUCAAGGACCCCAGGCACUUUACCUGGGUCAUUGUCGCUUUCGCCUCCAUGGGUGGUCUGCUCUCUGGUCUCGAUCAAUCCCUCAUCUCUGGCGCGAACCUCUUCCUUCCCGGCGAUCUCGGUCUCGACACUCGACAGAACAGUUUGGUCAACUCCGGUAUGCCCCUCGGUGCCGUCGCCGGUGCUAUCCUCCUCGGUCCCUUCAACGAAUGGUUCGGAAGACGUUGGUCUAUCAUUAUCUCGACUAUCCUGUACACUAUUGGUGGUGCCCUCGAGGCCGGUUCCAUGAACUAUGGCAUGAUUGUGGCUGCUCGUGUUAUCCUCGGUGUCGGUGUCGGUCUCGAGGGUGGUACUGUCCCCGUCUAUGUCGCCGAAACUGUCGAACGCCGUGUCCGUGGUAACCUGGUCUCCCUCUACCAGUUCAAUAUUGCCCUUGGUGAAGUCCUCGGUUAUGCCGUUGCCGCCAUGUUCCUCAACGUUCCUGGCAACUGGAGAUACAUUCUGGGAUCCUCGCUGGUCUUCUCCACCAUCAUGUUCAUUGGCAUGCUCUUCCUGCCCGAGUCUCCCCGAUACCUCAUGCUCAAGGGCCGCACGCUCGAUGCCUACAAGGUGUGGAAGCGCAUUCGUGGCACCGAGACCGAGGAGGCCAGGGAAGAGUUCUUUGUCAUGAAGGUGUCGGUGCUCGAUGAGGAGUCCCAGGUUUCCGAGGGCGCCAAGAACAAGCGCUUCCCCUGGAUGGACUUCUUCUCUGUACCCCGUGCCCGCCGUGCUCUGGUUUACGCCAACAUUAUGAUUCUGCUCGGACAGCUUACUGGUGUCAACGCCAUCAUGUACUACAUGUCGACCCUGAUGACCCAGAUUGGUUUCAACGACACCAACGCCACUUACAUGUCCCUCGUUGGCGGUGGCUCUCUUCUGCUCGGUACUAUUCCCGCCUGUUUCUACAUGGAGAAGUUCGGACGACGAUUCUGGGCCAAUGCCAUGUUGCCCGGUUUCUUCGUUGGUCUCGUCAUCAUUGGUUGCAGUUACCAGAUUGAUGUCACAACCAACCCCAACGGCGCCAUUGCCUGCUACAUGGUCGGUCUUAUCCUGUACAUGGGCUUCUUUGGUUGCUACGCCUGCUUGACCUGGGUCGUUCCCUCUGAGGUCUACCCCACCUACCUGAGACAUUGGGGUAUGACUACUUCGGAUGCUCUGCUCUUCCUGGCCUCCUUCAUCGUCACCUACAACUUCUCUGGUAUGCAGGAGGCCAUGACGCCCCAGGGUCUGAUGCUCGGCUUCUACGGCGGCAUUGCCUUCCUCGGUUGGUUCUACCAGAUCCUCUUCAUGCCCGAGACCAAGGACAAGACCCUCGAGGAGAUUGACCUGCUCUUUGAGAAGCCGACCUCGGAGAUUGUGGCCAUGAACCUGAAGAACACUGCCGAAUUCAUGAGCAACUUUUUUCACGGCCGCUGGACCGAGAAGAGCCAGCAGGCUGCUGCCCAGAACGCUGCCCCGUCGGCUGGUCUGAUGGAGAAGGAGAAGGAGCUCGAGGUUGACCACGAGUAA